AUGAGGAGCAGGAGGACGUCGACGAAGCGGCUCUUCGCGCUGCUGCUGACGGUGCUUUGCGUAGCCGCGCGCUUUCAGUGCAUCGUCUGCCCCGCCGGAGGUCGGGCUGGCGGCGGCGGUGUCGGCGAAGGGGGUGGCGAGGGGGAAGGCGGUGGUGGCGCCGGCGCCGGCGAAGGGGAGGAGGGCGGUGAAGGUGCAGGUGGAUCACGGAGUGGCGAGGAAGAAGGUGGGUCGACGAACACGUACAACUGGUGGGGUGGUGCUACCCGCGCCGUGGCGGCGGGCCGGGCGUGA